CACACACACACUAAGAAUGUUUCUAAGCAAUAUCAAGUUUCCUUUGGCAAAGUUCCCCAAAACUAGUAACUAUGUCUAUAAUCACUUCCCCUUUUCCAAUAUCAAUGGGGUUGGAAAUAAGAAGCUUUUGUCAAGUGGGAAAAUGAAAGUUCUAUAUGAUGGAUACACCUACUUCAACUCUCCUUCUCACCCUCUUGAGGCAGAGUUGCAUCAUCAAGAUUACAAUGCACCAUCAUUAGAGACUGGGAUUGGGAUCCUUCCUUUUUUCCAUGGGAAGAACAUUCUUCUCACGGGUGCCACUGGCCUUCUUGGAAAAGUUCUGGUGGAGAAGAUAUUAAGAUCAAUGUGCGUGGGCAAAAUCUACCUACUGAUCAAGGCAAAGGACAAGGAGGCUGCAUUAACCAGAUUAACAAAUGAAAUAACAAACUCGGACUUAUUCAAAAGUCUGAAGGAAGAGUUGGGGGAUACCUACGAAACCAUGGUAAGGGAGAAGCUGAUACCUAUUGCCGGAAAUAUCUGUGAACCGAAUCUUGGAAUGGAUUCUGAAUCUAUUGCUCAAGUUAGGAAAGAUGUCGAUGUUAUAAUCCAAUCCGCAGCUUCCACAAUCUUGAACGACAGGUAUGACUUGUUGGUGGAUGCGAACAUGAGUGCCCCCAAACGAUUGAUGAGGUUUGCCAAGACAUGCAAUAAUCUCACUAUCUUUGCCCAUAUUUCUACCGCGUAUGUUAGCGGAAAAAGAGAAGGAUUGAUAAUGGAAAAACCAUUUAUAAUGGGAGGGAAUGGAAGAAAGGAGGAACAUUAUGAUGAAUCAGCCCUACUUGACAUAGUUGAGGAGAAUAACUUGAUUCUCAAAUCAUCAUCUUCUUCCUCUACCCAACAUGAUCUCACCAAAAAUCUCAAAAGGCUUGCACAAGACAGAUGCAACGAGGCAAUCGGGAAGUUCCAGGGGAUUUACCUCCAGGAAGAGCGGUCGGCGGCGAGCGGCACGAACGAGCUCGACAUCAUCACUGCCGCCUUGGCGACCUACCAACGGGAGGAGUUCAAACCGUUCAAGCAAGCUCGUCAACACCUCAAAGACUAG